UUAAACCUUUUUUAAGUCCCAGACGACUAAAUUACGCCAAGUGAUAUGAAGAGAAUUGAUAAGAAUAUGAUACAUAAAUAAAGUGAAUCAACAACAACAAUAAAAUAAAAUAACAAAAAUAGCAAAUAAAGAAAUAAAAAUAAAACAAAAAAUAAAAAGCUAUAAAUUGAAUAAAAUAAAAUUCAAAGAUUAUUGUAUUAUUUAAUAGCACCCCCGGAAAGACUCCAUUGUUUAAUAAGUCGUCACAUCUCACCGACCUCCAUUUUACAUUAUUUUCAAAAUGACACACUCGGCGUAAAAUUAAAACUUGAGGUGAUUUAAAAAUACAGAAGUAAAAAUAUAACACCUGAACAUAUCGAUAAAUAUUAUCUUCAUCAAUACACAGGCAUCAAACAUUGAAUGACCUCAUUUGAUCCCAAGAGAAGAUAAAUCGGACGUUGUGAUUGGUUCAUAAUAACAUGCUAAUUGGACCAAAUAAUAUAUAAGUGGUUAAAGAAGAAGCAAGAAUCAGUUAAUCCUAUCAGAAGAAAAAAGUUGUACAUCUAUAUCCAGUUUUAUAAACAAAAUGAUGGCGUUUAAUCUAACCCGCGACCAUUAUGUGCCUGAACAUCAAUAUCUGCCCAAUAUAAAAUUAGAGGACGACGAUGUUUAUUAUCAACUGAACGAGUCCAAAUACAACCCAUUUGUUGAAUUAUCAAGACUAAAUAACGAAUUCAAAAUGCCACCGAUAUCUUCUUUUUGCGCUUCACCCUCCUUACCUGGUACAAUAAAUACAAAUAACGGACUUAGAAGUGAUUAUUUAGGCUCCUCCGAUGGAGAGUGCUCUCCGAAAAGUGUCAAUGAGAACGAAAUUGUAGAUAAUGUAAUGAACUCCGUUUCUUGUAUCAGAGGAGUAAGGACUAUAACUCGAAAUCCUGGAAGACUUACAAGACAACGCGGAGGAGGUGCAGGAAAAACACGGGGAAGAGGGAGACGAAACGAACAAGUUUUACCGAAAGAAAAAGAUCGAGCACGCUUGUUUAAUGAAGCAUUCGAUGGUCUUCGUAAACGUAUUCCAUCAAUCCCUGCGAGCAAAAAACUUUCCAAGAUUGAAAUAUUAAGACUUGCCAUAUGUUAUAUGUCAUAUUUAAAGUUUUUAAUAGAAAAAGAUUUACCACAAAGAACUAAUCCUCAAAAUACCACGGCAACCGACCCUUCGUUGACACGCUCACGGCUACCAGAAAACCAUAUUAACAGUGUUCAGACCUCCGUAGUUCAUGAAGAAAAUAUGAGACUUUGUUGACAUAUAGCAGUGUCGCGUUUUAUAUGAUGACGUUAUGAAGUCAUGGCCGUUUAUUUGAUGUAGAUAUAUUUUUUUAUCGAAAAUUUUAAAUAAACAUUUUUUUUAGAUGUCAGAAAAAUAUUUAAGGUUUGUUAUGAGAAGAAAAGAAAGUUAUUGACCAUUAUAAGAAUUAAGAAUCUUGAUUAGGUUGUAUUUCAAUAUUAUUAAAGACAAAUCAAGUCUAAAGAUUUUUAUUUUCUGUGAAACACUUUUCAAUUUGUUGCAACUUUUUCCAGUUCUCUGGACUUACAUAUUUCUCAUGAUGGCAGACUUCAACUGUGUGAAUGGUUGUCUAGACAACCAUUUUUGCGUUAAUUAAUUUUAAAAUAGUUUUUUACAGACAUAUUUUUUUCUAUUAUAUUUUAUAAACCUGUUGUUACGAUAUUCAGAUUUUGUAUUUAUUUCCUCAAAUUUUAUAAGAGUUUUACACAAACAAUCCAAUGGUAAUA